AUGCAUCCAAAACAAAUAUACACCUUUUUUAUUUUUGCAAGUCUCGGCAUCGCCGCCCCUGUGUCGGAAUCUGUGGACAAGCAACUUCCUCCGGGCCAAAAGUCCCAUGCUCCGGCCGACGUCCCGACAGAUGAACGUGGGCCACGUCGCCCAAGCCGAGGCGGCAUUCGCUCAGACGGCAUUCGCAUAAGCGGCAUUCACCCAGACGGCAUCAAGAUCUCCAUAAACGACAACAACCUGGCUAACCCACGGAAGAAUCACCGUGAGCGCUUUUCCCAAACAAUGGUGCAGAGGUUGGAUGGCGGGACACGUACGGUCAAGAGCGAGUACAGUACCAGUGUCAGUAGCGGGAAUGGUUUGACUUGUUGCGACGGAGUUGAACCCUGUAGCUGCACGGGGAGCUUCUGCUGUAAGGGCUUUGGCGAUUCUCGGCGGCGGACAAAGAAGAAGAGCAGGGAGCAGAAGGGAGACACCGAAAUUUUCACAGAGCAUGAAGUCUGGAACUGA